CGAAUAUUUGUUGUAAUAUGUGCCCCAAAUAUAUGUUCAACUUUAUUGCUGUAAUUGGAAUUUGAAGUUAUAUAAUAUGUAAUUUGUUGUGCAUCAUUUAUAAGUUUAUUAUGUUAUGUUUUAUUUAGUAUUUUAUUAAAAAUUUGUUGUAUUACUUAAUUUAUGUUCUGAAAUUUUAUUUAGUAUUUUUUUACGUUAAUGUUAUUAUGCUUAAUAUUGUUAUUUAUGUUCUGAAAUUGUUUGUAAUAAAUCUCAUUAUACAGGUAUGGCGCACGAGGAAGGAGCUACCCCUGAGUUGCUAGAUGCUCUCGUCGACAAGCGCCACUGGUCGUACAUGUCUGCGGUCCGUGGCAUCAGCUUAGGGACGUUUCGGGCUCGUGUGCCCAUGUCGACGAUGCCGAUACACCGUCGCUGGGUUCCUAGGUUACGCGCUUCAGGUCUUCUCCCGAUUGCGCGACUUGUGGAGGGAGAUAUGGCCGACCCUGCACGUCGACCUAGGGAUAGGGCUCCACGGUUCCAGUUCGACAUGUCCCUCCUCGCGGCACUUCUCGACCGUUGGCGUCCGGAGACGCACACAUUUCACCUCCCGGUUGGUGAGAUGACCCCUACUCUUCAGGACGUGGCGAUGCUUCUAGGCUUGCCGUGUGCUGGACGAGCUGUGGGUGCAGAGGACGUGGGACUCUCGUGGCGCGACGACCUUUUGGCUCGGUUCGCCGGGGUUCAGCGCAACGAGCUAGCGUUGCCGUACCGGCCCUUGCCUGCGAACCACGCACACGGACCGACAAAGAGGUGGCUUCUACAGUUCAGUGCGGACUACAUGAGGGCAGACGCAGACGACUUUACGGUUGCCAGGCACUUCGAGGCGUACUUAUUGUGGCUGUUCGGCUGGGUCAUGUUCUGCAGCUCGCAGGGUGACUCGUGCCCCCAAACAGCUCAUUCCUUUGGCGAGGUCGAUAGCUGACGCUCCACUUCACGAGAUGCCACAGUUCCGCUGGGGUUCUGCUGUUUUGGCUGCGAGUUACAAGGGUCUUUGCACGGGCGUGACGAAGGUCUCAGCAGAGGAGCCCAUUUUUGUUGGGUGUCCUCUACUGUUACAGCUCUGGUCUUACGAGCGCUUUCCCGUCGGUAGGCCAGAGAUGAACUUCGAGCCGUACGUCCAGCUGUCCGCAGACCACGACGACGUCGACAGACCUACGAUGGGUUCGUUGUGGUACC